CCCGAGGACCCAACGCACGAGGAGAACUCAAACCAGAAGUCUCCGCACCAGGAAACAACUCAUGUCGUGCGGAACUGGAGCCAACAAUUACGUCACCAUGUCCGGAACUUCAAUGGCCACCCCCCACACCGCUGGAGCCAUCGCUCUUCUCAUGUCUGCCAACCCAAGCUGGGGAUACGACGAGAUCUUCACUGCCCUCACUACCACGCCAGCCCACCCCACCUUGUCCAAUGCUGACAGGAAUUGUGGACUUCCGGAAGGUGGAGAUUUCCCAAAUCAUGCCUUCGGUUACGGACGUAUCGAUGUUGCUGCUGCUCUUGGACUUUAAAUUGAGUGAUCAACACAACUUGUUUUAGUCAAACCAAAUUAU